CGCCUGGGCCCCCAAACGACGCCGUACCAAAAGUAAUUUUGCUGGAGCACUCCAGAAAUUUCCCCAUCACUAUAAAAUUUCUUCCCCAGUUGCCGCCUUUCCAGCUCGCUCAAAUAUUCAGGUUCAUUCUGCAUUGCUGGAGGUCACUUGAUCGAGGAUUUAGCAACUUCCUUAGGCAUAUUAAGAGUUACUUGAAGAAUCAUGGCCAAGCAUCAUCCUGAUCUGAUCAUGUGCAGGAAGCAGCCUGGAAUAGCAAUUGGACGGCUUUGUGAGAAAUGUGAUGGAAAAUGUGUGAUCUGUGAUUCCUAUGUGCGCCCUUGCACCCUUGUCCGUGUAUGCGAUGAAUGCAAUUAUGGAUCAUUUCAAGGUCGGUGUGUCAUAUGUGGAGGGGUGGGGAUAUCAGAUGCAUUUUAUUGCAAAGAGUGCACACAGCAAGAGAAGGACCGCGAUGGCUGUCCUAAGAUAGUCAACCUAGGAAGUGCUAAAACAGAUCUGUUCUACGAACGCAAGAAAUAUGGUUUCAAGAAACGAUGAUCUAUGCUGAAUCUUUGCGUAGGAAACCUCAUACUUCUGAUGCUUAUGGAUUCUCUGGUCUGAUUUGACAUGAUACUGAGGUGAGACGUGUAUGAAGGAAGCAGCAGUAUUCUCAUCUCCCUUUCUAGUCUGACGCUAGAUUUGGAUCAGUGAAGGAUAGAUAUGCUCAUUCAUGUCUAUGAUAUAUGCAUGUUCAUAUUCCAUGCCUCUUUUGCGCAUCUUCCACACAUGCUCAUUUUAUGGUCUUGUCUUGUGUUUAUGAUUUUUUUUUUCGAUUUAGAUUUUAUGGGUUAUCUGGUGUUUAUGAUGCACUGUAUUAUUGGAUAUUCCCUCCGUUACAAUUCAAUAGGCCAUGUUUUUUUAUUUAAA